AUGUUACUGAAGAAUUUUACGGCAAUCUCUGAGUUCAUCAUUGUGGGCUUUCCUGGACUCCAUCAGGACUACUAUGGCCUUGUCUCUGUCAUUUUCUUCCUCGUCUACACAACCACAGUGGCUGUGAACACUCUCUACCUUGCUCUGUUUGUCAGUUCAGAAAGCCUCAGAAAGCCCAUGUAUAUUAUCCUUGCGAGCCUGGCACUGUCUGAUAUGUGUUUCUCCACUGUUGCAUUACCUAAGAUCAUAUCCAGAUACUGGUUUGAUGCUGGAGCAACACUCUUUCAUGUUUGCUUCUUCCAAAUGCAGCUAAUCCACUAUUUUGGGACAUUAAACUCGUUGAUAAUGAUGAUCAUGGCUCUUGAUCGCUAUGUGGCUAUUUGUUACGCUCUGAGAUACCCAACUGUUAUGACUAACCACACUACCUACAUCCUAAGCAUCUCAGCUUGGGUUACUGCCAUGAUUGCUCCUUCUAUAGCCACUCUACACACUCUACAGCUUCCCUAUUGUGGUCCUAAACUUAUAAUUCAAUGCUUCUGUGACCACAUCUCUAUAACCAACCUGGCCUGUGCAGAGAACACCGAGCAGAAGUUGGUCGCUCUGUGUGUGGCACUAAUUGUUCUCCUUCUCCCUCUAGCCUUUAUCAUUUACUCAUAUUGUCACAUCAUAGCAUCCCUGAUGAGGCUGUCGAACUCACAAAGUCGCUGGAAAACCUUUGCAACUUGCAGCACACAGCUGUGUAUCAUUGCGCUGUUUUAUGUACCUCGCUGUGUUGUGUAUAUCGCCAGCUUCUUGCAAUUCCAAAUCAGCACAGAUUUUAGAAUACUUCUCAUACUACUGUACAGCCUCUUUCCGCCCCUGAUAAAUCCCUUCAUUUACUGUUUGCGUACCAAGGAGAUCAGACAGAUUUUAGGCAAGUGGGUAAACAGGCAGACAGCGAUGAGGCAGUCACCAAGAAUUAAUGUUAUUACUUUGUAA